GAAGCGUCUCCUCCAGACAAUGCAUUCUCCGAUUCAGAUAGACGACUACAAGAACUGGGAUACAGGCCUGAAUUCAAACGAAAUAUGUCGCUCUUUGGCGUCCUUGGAUUGUCGUUCUGUGCUAUUGGGAUCCUUACUGGUAUGAGCAGUGCGUUCCAGACAGGUCUGUUCUCUGGGGGCCCAUUAGGAUUGUUUUGGGGGUGGAAUAUUUGUAGCUUCUUCAUGCUUUUAAUCGCUCUCUGUUUGGCGGAGAUAUGCAGUGCUUAUCCGACUAUGGGUGGAUUAUACUUCUGGGUCUGCAGAAUG